GCACAGGCUGCAGCACCUACUGUUGCUCUUAGUAAAGAGUUGGAAGAAUCCUUUGAAGCCAUGGUGACGUUUUUCAAGCUAUCAUUGGAAGAGGAGAACAAGGUCGAAACGGCUAAAAAGGAGGAGGAAGAUCGGAAGAAAGAAGAGGAGACGUGGCGAAAGAAACUUGAGAUGAAGAAAAUUGAGAAGGAAGAUGCGAAGCGCAUUGAACUAGAGAAGAAGCAAGACAAAGCAAAGAAAGAGGCGGAUAGACUGUGGGACAUCCGAAAGAUGUUCAGGGAGCAACGACUAUUCUUACGUAAGGAAGUUAAGAAGGCGUUUAAUGAGGAAAUCACGGGCAUAGUUAAAAGCGGAGGGAAGAUACUCACCGGGGAUGACGAUGAAUGGGAGGAAUGGCCAGAGGAAGAGGAGGAGGAACACGAAGCGGAGGAGGAAGAACAUAUGAAUCGAAGAAGGAAACGCGUCCCGGCCCAACAAGGUGGUGCUUAGUCUAGUCCUCCGGUGGAGACACCUCCUAAGUCGGCCAGAGGAGGUACGUCUAGGCAACCUGUGUUUGUGGCUACAUCCCCAGUUGAACCAGAGAGGAAAAUGAGGGGCAGACCAAAGAAAAAGGAGGUGCAGUCAUUGAUCACGGAUCCUUGGGCAGGUGCCCCUUGUUCAGGCGACUUCAAAUGUAAGAUCAGCUACAAAGUGGCGAUCGUCUGAUACCUGGGAAAAAAUGUGUGUCCCGAGCUAAAAAUGAUGUGUAGGAACGAAGGGAUCGAAUGAAGAGCAAGGAAGGAU